CCUAAGUGCAGUUUGCGUUAAACAAUUAUGCUCAAACACCUCCGUAUUCACGUAUACUCAUAUACACAACUCCAACUUCUAAAUUGACCGCUAACAAACAUGAACCGCUCGGAGGACUCUGGCAUGGCAAAGGACUGGGGCGAUUUGCCCAAAGAGCUCAUUUCCGUGGUAGCGAGCUACCUCCCCGACAAUGACAUUGCGACUUCUGUCAAGCUAGUGAACAAGCUCUAUGCGAGCUGUCUCAGCGAGUUCCGUGUCGUGCGCUUGUCGCAGCCGCUGCCGCAGUGGACCAAGCGGCCCUUCAAUGGCAACGACCAUUUGGGGCUGGCGUUGGCUUUCCAGCCCUGGCCCUCGCGCGGCUUCGUGGCGCACUGGGGCCGCCCCGAGCCGUGGCGCUGCCUCACGCUGCCGCAGCGGCGCCGGCUGCUGAGCCUGGCGGCGUCCUCGGGCGACGCCGGCAGCCUGGAGGCCGCGCUGGCGCACUGCGGCUGCACCGGAUUUGAGGAACCGGCGGCGUCGGCGGCUCUUGCCGGCCGCGUGUCGGUCUGCGACAAGCUCGUGUCUCGGGAGCCCUCUACCUUCAACCUCCAGCUGUUCAGUUUCGCCGCGGAGGCGGGGCAGCUGGAGGUGUGCCGCUGGUAUUGGCGGCGGCGGGAGGAGUUGCAGCAGAUGUCGCCAAUGGAAGCAGUCAUGCAACUGCGGGACGCGUGCGUUGCGGCGUGCUGGGGUGGUCAUGAAGAGCUUGUCAGCUGGCUGGAGCAACAGCAUCAACAGCUGGAGCAGCAACCACUACCACACCAGGCACAGCAGCAGCAGCAGCAGCAGCAGCAGCAGCAGGAGCUGCCACACCUGAACAUGGCUGGCGCUGCAGCCCGGCGGUCGGCAGCUGACUUGCGCCACGCGUCUGACAUGGCACUGGCGGCGGCGGAGGGUGGCCUCGCGGAGUUGUGCGCACGCUGGGCUGAGACGGCGGGGCCAGACCAGCUGCACCCGGCCAUGCUGGCAUGCAAGGCUGCUUUGGGCUGCAGCCUAGCCGGGCUUCAGCAGUUGGCUUCAUUCUACUACGACCCGUCUCCUGGCAUCCGAAGGGUCAUCAAUCACUUCAUGGCGCAGUGCGCCGCCGCCAGUCCCACGCCCGACUGGAAGGAGAAAGUGGACUGGGCGCUGCAGCGGCAGGAUCCAGCGGGCGUGCCGCAGGUGCCUGAGGCGCCGCAGGGUCCGGCGGCCGGCGUGCCUCAGGGGCCUGGUGAUGAGGCACGAACAACAAGGCUUCUGUCUGAGGUAGCACAGACAGCCUUUUUUGUCGCAGCGGGCUUUCCUGACUGGCAUCUGCGGCUUCAGCACGUGCGGUCGCGCGGCCUGCUGCUGCUAGAUGCGGUGCGUAUGACUAACGAGGCGGCCGCCGCCGGCAACACAGCCGCACUGACGUGGCUGCUGGAUCAGCCAGAGGGGCAGGGGCUGGCGGCGAGUGACGAGCUGGUAUGGGAUGCGGCGGCUGGGGGGCAUGUGCCGGUGCUGGAGUGCCUGCGCACGCGGGGCGUUGCGAUUGGUGUGUCGCACGCGACCGCAGCAGCUUGGCAUGGCCGCGGUGAGGCGCUGAGAUGGAUGGCGGGAGCCGUGGCAGGGGGCAGUGUGGCCGCGUGGUCAGAGGUAUGGAGAUGCGCGACGGAUGCGGGCGUGGACCUGUCGACUCUGCGGCUGCUGCAUGAGCAGCGGGGCGCGGCUGUGGACCUGGCUGCGGUGGCUGCGGCUGGCAGCGUGGAGGCGGUUGAGUGGGCGUUUGGGCUGCUGGAGCAGGAGCAGGAGCACGCAGCCGGCGUGGCGGGAGGCGGCACGGCGGGCGCGAGCGUGGGCGCUACUGGUGCCGGUGCCGGAGCGUGCGCGGGGUCUGCUGCUCCGAGCGCUGUAUCGCUGGAGGCGCUGUGGGCGGCGGCGCAUGCUGGCAACUGGGCAACUGCGUCCUGGCUGCUGCUAGUGCUGCGGCGGCGCGGUCAGGACUGCUGCCAUGAGCUGCUUCCCUUCUUUAGGCGCAAGGCGGAGAGUGAUGAAACGUGGGGAGGGCCCACGGACUUAGAGCUAGCUGCGCUGCGAUGGCUGGAGGGCGAGCUGGAGCGAGCAGCGGCGCGCUGACGAGGAGCAGCGGGAAAUGGGAGUGAGCCAGUGAGGGCAGCAGUGGCGACAGCGGGUGCAGAGUACGGUGCGGCAGGCAGGGCCGUCGGUUUAGCACAGUAUCUGCCGUUUUUGCGUUGUGGCCUUCAACCCAAAUGUGCCUAUGGUAAUUGCGUGGUGAGUUGUGCGUGUCCAGGGAGUCUAUUCGUGGAGUCUAUUGUUGUACAGUGGUUGAUCAGCUUUUGGUUGCGGGUCGGCCGGAUGAGUUGGAAGGUUCAUGUGCGGGACAAGCAGCGGAGCAAACCAGUGGGGGCACUGGGAGAUAGAAGUCGGUGCAGGGGCUGCAGCGGGAGGCUUCGGGAGGUCGCAACGGUCCGCGGAGGCAUGGAGCCACGGAGCUGCACGGUAUGUGGGCUAGCUGGUGCUUGAGCUGGGCCUCAAGAUUUGGACAAGUUGUUUGGGAGGGAUAGGAGAUUAGGAGAUGACGAAGGCGAACACCAUACCGGUAGUCCGACUAUUACCGUAUGAGAAUCACUAAUCAUGUUUGUGCUGGAGCCCGAAGGCGGCUGCACAUGCCACAGGCUGCACGUGCAGAAACGUUGCCUUUGUUAGCAUGGGUUCC